UUGUUUACCAUUUUCUUCCAAGGCUGUCUGAAAGAAGGACGUCGUGUCGCAAAAAGAUACCAAUUGCCGUAAAGAACUGCCGUUUUCCGGCAGCUAAUUUUCACAGGUUUGCUACAAGCUAGGUUGUUUCAUCAGUGACAUGGCCUCAGCUCCGGCACAGCAGCCCACCCUCACUGUCGAGCAAACCAGAGUGGUGCUGAGUGAGGUGAUCCAGGCCUUCUCUGUACCAGAAAACGCUGCCAGGAUGGACGAGGCUCGAGAAAGCGCCUGCAACGACAUGGGCAAGAUGCUGCAGCUGGUGCUGCCGGUGGCCACACAGAUUCAACAAGAGGUCAUCAAAGCGUACGGCUUCAACAAUGAAGGAGAGGGCGUCCUAAAAUUUGCCAGACUGGUGAAGAUGUAUGAAACGCAGGACCCUGAAAUCGCAGCCAUGUCCGUUAAACUGAAGUCUCUCCUCCUGCCACCACUGUCCACACCACCUAUAGGUGGCGCCAUUCCAGCUUCAUAGAACUUCUUUACAUUCAUCUGUCAACUGCAAGGUUACUUUACUGCUUUGGAUCAACAUGAACAAACUGUUCAAACAUAUUUUUCUUGAGAUAUAAUGGAUAUAUUAUAGCUUCAAACUCAAUACACUAUUACGUUCCAACAAAGAUGAAACUUUACUUUAUCUCCAUCAUGGUUUCAUUUUUAAAAAUCCUUGCAAAACUUGUUAAAUUAUUGCUUUUUAAAUGUUUCAGUAUUUAUUUGUUACAUUAUGACCAUUUUCUUAAACAUUUCCUUUAACACCAUCUUUUUUUAUAAUUUUAAUUAUGCCAUUUUUAUAUGCUGUCAGAUGUACCAAAUGUCAUUCUUUUGUUAUAUAUUAAAAGGUUUUCUGUGAA